UGAAGGGCGUGGACCAGUUUAAGCCUCGACUAUCGUCCGAGCCUCACAGGUAUUUAAGCCAUGGGAACUUUACAGAAUCUCUGCUUGUGCAAGCCAGUCGAACUGGACAAAACUCUGUAAAACGAUCGCAAACACCAGAUCUUUUCCACCAAAGUGCUCGGAGAACAUACCAUCCAUCAUGGCGAAUCGUGGACGGACGCUGGAUCCUGAGGUUUUCUCAAUCAAUGAUCUGAAGGAGAAGGCGUCCAAAAAACUCCCCAAGAUGUAUCGAGGUUAGACAAACCCCCUAUCCGUCUUUUCCAAGGUCAAUAACACAGCCAGAGUACUUUAACGAGGGUGCCAUGGACAUGAUAACGUGAGUCUGCUGGUCUGAGCUCCCGUGGAAGGAAUUGGUCAGAAUAGCCAACGUUUCCCUAUUGGCAGUCUUCGAGACAAUGAAGCCGCCUUCGACAGAUAUCGGAUACGACCUCGUAUUCUGCGCAAUGUGUCGACUGUCGACACGAGCACCACAAUAUGGGGAAGCAAAGUUCUCUUUCCGUUCGGGUUUUCCCCAGCGGCUAUGCAUCGACUUGCUCAUCCGGAGGGCGAAGUGGGUACUUCAAGAGCUUGUGCAGCUCUUAACGUGGCAAUGGGACUCAGCGCCUACUCAAAUGACUCGCUAGAAGACGUUAUCAAGCAAGGCCAAGGAAAGACGAACCCCUAUGCUAUGCAGGUCAGUCUUUUGAGGAGUCGAGAGCUGACCGUCCAGCUGUUGAAGAGGGCCGAAGAGGCAGGCUAUAAAGCCAUCCUGUUGACGGUUGAUGCACCGAUGCUGGGCCGACGAUUGAAUGAAUUCCGCAACUCCUUUUGCAUGCCGAAGGGCACCACAUAUCCUAACAUUGCUCCAGGCCUGGACAUGAGCAAUUUAGAGGGAGGAGACAAUGAAUUGGCCUACGAGAACGGGGUGGACUGGGACGAAGCCAUCUCGUUUAUCAAGGAACAUACAGACCUUGAGCUGUGGAUCAAAGGCCUGUACACCGCGGAAGAUGUUGUCACGGCUAUCCAGUACGGGUUGGACGGCGUUGUCAUUUCCAACCACGGCGGACGACAGCUGGACAGUGUCCCCGCGACGUUGGACGCCCUCCGAGAAUGUGCCCCGGUCGCCAAGGGCAAGAUCAAGAUUGCCAUCGACGGCGGAAUUCGAAGAGGGACCGACAUCUUCAAAGCCUUGGCCUUGGGCGCCGACUUCUGCUUUGCCGGACGCAUCCCCAUCUGGGGUUUGGCUUACAACGGCCACAAGGGGGUAGAGCUGGCCAUCCAGCUCCUGCAUGACGAAUUCAAACUCACGAUGGGUCUUGCUGGGUGCAAGACAAUCUCCGAGAUUAACCGCGGACAUCUCUCAAUCCUGGAGAGCAAUGGUGUCCUGUCAAAGUUGUGAUGCUAGUGAUCUGGAGCCAUACACGCAAGCUUCUGCAACGCGCGACGAACAACCACACCAUACACGAGAGCAAGAAGAAGACCCUAUAAUGGACGAACUGACGCCAAUCUACAUCCGAGCGGUUACCCCUGCAUGCGAGUAUCUUAUCUGCGACAGCGGAGAUCAGCGGGUGGGAAGUUCUGGGCAUCACAGGUAUUCAGCAACAGAAGUCUGGAGGACCAACAGAAUCAAUCAAGCUCGCAGUGCCAUGUGUAGGAUAUCAAUGCACGUGGUCAGGAUGUAUGGUAGGGCCGCAGCUAGACGGGAAGCUCACUCCGCUAAACUUGACAUGCUUAACCACCGAGUCCACCGUUGCUAGU